AUGCACAUUGCUGAGGUACCACGCAAGGUGUUGGAAUUGAAGUGGGCUCAAAACAUCCUAAUAGACGUGCUUAAACAAGGUCCCCUCCCCAAACAUGUUGCAUUCAUCAUGGACGGAAAUCGGCGAUAUGCGAAAUCGCAUGGGCUUCCUAUCAAAGAAGGCCAUGUCUUGGGGGCAACGGCACUCGAAAACAUUAUAGAGAUGGCCUCCAGUCUGGGUAUCAAAGCUCUCACAGUAUACGCUUUCAGCAUCGAAAACUUUCAGAGGCCACAGGAACAGGUUGAUCAGCUAAUGCAACAGUUCAAGUCCCAGCUAAUAAUGCACUCUCGGCCUGGUGGCAUCCUGGAGAAAUGGGGGAUCAAAAUCCGUGUUUUGGGCCGUCUGGAAUUGCUCAGUGACGAUCUCAAAGAGCAUAUUGAGAGAGAAGUGAAGAAGAGUGCUACUAGAAAUGGCGCGGUGCUGAAUCUUUGCAUUCCUUAUACCUCGCGCGACGAGAUAGCCAGGUCUAUACGCAAGACGGUGCAGGAGCAUGGCGGGCCAACAGCGGGCAUCACAUCUCAAACUCUGGCGAAUAACAUGGACAUCUGCGAUGACCCGCCCGUGGAUAUUCUGGUGCGGACGUCUGGUGUCAACCGGUUAAGCGAUUUUCUGCUCUGGCAGUGUAAUCAGAGCACCGAUAUCCAGAUAUUGGAUAUACAGUGGCCGGAGUUUGGGUACUGGGGGGUAUUUCUGAUGAUACUCGGGUGGCAGAAAAGGAGGCCAGCCCCUGUAAAAUACCAGGCGACAAAGAAACCAGGAGGGCGCAUCCAUACCUCACAUAUCUACUUUACGUUGCUGUUGUCUAUCAUCGUUCUUAUCGUCCCGAUUACCUGGGGAUAG